AUGCUAGAGAUUAUAGUUGGAGGCUCAGUUCUCAAUGGACGGAAGCGUAGAAAGUCGAAGAGCAGGAAGAUGGUGGCCUUCAUUGUGAUCGUGGAGCAAACCUUGCGGGACGAUGAUGUGGUUGGUGGCUAUAAAGGUAAUGAGUUCCGUGGUUGUCCGAUAAUUGAAAAUGGUUGCGCUUAUACAGUUGACGGGGAUGUAUACUUCUCUACUGAUAAUUUCCAAUUGUAUGGUCCCUUAUGUGGAAGGAAGCUAGAAGAUAACAGAGCUGGUGAACGUGUAGCUAUUGAUUCCAGAAAGAGAAAUCCUGCUGACUUUGCACUGUGGAAGGUGCAAAAUCUUCACAAUUCACAUUAUGGUUAUGGUUAUGGUUAUUCUUGUUGGGAAAAUAGGCUUUCCCAUAAGUGUAAAUCAAUGGAAGCAAUAUAA